UGUGGCCCCGCCCCGGACCGCCAUUGCCGGGCCUGUGGGGCCGUGCUGUCGCAGGUCCGUCUUUCGCUGAGCAGGGCGGGGCGACCGGCCUGACAGGGCUGCCCCCCCGCCCACUGAGGUCGCAUUUCCCCACGGCUAGGCAAGUCUCCUGCCCGCGUUGCCGGCCCCCUGGCCCGGAGGGGAGGCCCGAGCUCGGGGCCUCCCACGGGAGGGGCCUGCGUUCGAGAGAACCAUUUUCCAGUCUCAGAGGCUCCUGUGGGCACGAUCGACCUUGAGCCAACCGCGUUUCGGAGGCCCUUCCUGUCCCCAAAGGGCUUCUCUCCGCGUUCCCCAGGAGCCUAGCCAGGUCGUUAGACGAACAAGUCGGUACACCGAUCGCGCCGGUCCCGCAGCAGAGGCACAGCACUGGCUCAUCCCUGACCCUCACCCAAACCUGCUCAUCUGCUUUGUAGCCUCCAGAGCGCACAGUCCUCAAACAGUUCACCUGCCGGCAGCCGCAACCCAGCGGGAGAAGUGGACAUGAGACUAGCAGGUCCAGAGAACUCAGUGACUGCAGAGCCACGGGCCAGGAAGUAUAAGUGUGGCCUGCCCCAGCCAUGUCCUGAGGAACACCUGGCCUUCCGCAUGGUCAGCGGGGCUGCCAAUGUCAUCGGACCCAAGAUCUGCCUCGAGGACAAGAUGCUCAUGAGCAGUGUCAAGGACAACGUGGGCCGUGGACUGAACAUUGCCCUGGUGAAUGGGGUCAGUGGUGAGCUCAUCGAGGCCCGGGCCUUCGACAUGUGGGCAGGAGAUGUCAAUGAGCUACUGAAGUUCAUACGGCCAUUGCAUGAAGGCACCCUGGUGUUUGUGGCAUCCUACGACGACCCAGCCACCAAGAUGAAUGAAGAGACCAGGAAGCUUUUCAGCGAUCUGGGCAGCAAGAAUGUCAAGGACUUGGCCUUCAGGGACAGCUGGGUGUUUGUAGGGGCCAAGGGUGUGCAGAACAAGAGCCCCUUUGAGCAGCACGUGAAGAACAGUAGGCACACCAAUAAGUACGAAGGCUGGCCCGAGGCACUGGAGAUGGAAGGCUGCAUCCCUAGGAGAACCACAGCCAGCUAGCCAGCUGAGCGCAAGGACCAGGCUGAGCAAGGCUGCAUAUCCCUGGCCCAGGAGGAGGCAGCGGCAGCGGCAGUGCCAGCACAGGGCGGAGUCCUGACCCCACACCCAGCCAGGAGUGCUCUCUUGCUUCUCACAUCAGGACUCCAAGGUGGUGACCGGUGACCAGUGUGUGACUGGUGGUGGGGACUACAAUGGCCAGCCUCAUCACACUUUGUCAAGGGAGCCCAGGUACCCAUCUCCUUUUCCUAAAGCUGCUUCCCCUAGUCAGCCCCCACCCAAUUCCCAAGCACCCCCCCAGGCACAAGGCCUUGGUGCUCACCCCUUUACUGCACAGCCAGCUGGUUGGACAUCUUCCAAAACCUCUCCACCCCACACCCGUUCACUUUCUGCAGGCUAGUCCUGUUUUGAAUGUGAUUCCAUCUGGUGAGCCACACCUGGCAGCUGUAGCAGGGGACCUGGCCGCCUCUUGCCCCGCUCUCUGCAGGAAGGGGCUGCCUUAGAGCCUGGCUGGCCAGGGUAUAAGGUAAUGAGCCUGGUCACAGUCCCUAGUACAGUGGGUGGCAGCUCCUGCAAUUUGUCAGAGGACUCGGCUUCCAGAUAACCUGUUAAUAAAUUGGUGCCCCCAGUGGAAUGAGUGCAUUCAGUGCGGAGUCAGGGGUGGUGGUGUCCUAGGGGGGAGGGACGUGUCCAGGAGGCUCAGCCGACCUACCCCUACAGCCUUAGCAGACAGCCUUAUCUCCAAGUCUCCUGCCACGGACAUGUCCUGCUAUUGCUGAGCUGUGUCUCAGGCAGUGAGCAGAGCAGCUCCCCAGCUGGUAGCCCCAUAUCCUUGUCUAGGGGAGACAGUUCUGCCUUCUGGGGCUGCAGGAAACCCACUGACUCCUUCAGACACAGCACAGGUCUGUAGGGACACAGAUGGGAAUUAAAACCAGUCCUAGGGGCCUCCCCACUACACCCAGCCUCCCUGAGAGCUAGUGUGUCUCCCUGAAGCACUCAACUUUGGAAGCCUUUGAAAUCAGGGCUGCGAAGGGCAGAGUCACCAAAGCCUCACAGAUUAGUUGUAUUUCCCUUCACUGAGUGAGAACUAGCAUGAAACUAUCAGGAGUUUUGCUGGAAUACCACAUCUAGAGAGUGCAGAAAUGCUCUGGGGUCAGAAAAAGAAGAGAAGGCAGUUUGGACUUCCUAAAUGGGAGGAACUGGGGCACCAGCUAGGCAGCCUCGAGGGGUCCAUGGUGGGGGUGAUGAACUCACAAGUCCUGUUCUGGAGAUGGGCUUCCCAAGCCUCUGCCUUCUAGGAGUUCAGUGCUGCCAGAAUGCAAGCAAAAUGUCAAGAAAUGAAGGGUUUAAAGAGGUGGCAGAAGAGGAGUGAGAGACCCAGGAAGGAGAGGCUUUGGUUGUGAUGCCAGGACUGGGAAGGGUCAGGGAAUUGGAGACUCAAGGAGGGCCCAGAUUGCUUGCUCAAGAGAUGGUGAUCAUGGAAGCUGACACCCAGCCUGACCCUGUGCCAAGCACUUUAUGUGUAUUCUUUUUUUAUAGACAUUAUAUUUUAUAGAGUUCACAGCAAAGUUGAGCAGAAGGUACAGAGAGAGAGAUCCCACAUACAUACCCAACCUCCACUGACACAUCAUCAUCACUCAAAGCCCAAAGUUGACAUUAGGGUUCCCUCUUGUGUAGUAGUCUGUGGGUCUGACAAAUAUAUAAUGAUGUAUAUCUACUA